AUGGGAAACCUUCCGGACGAGCUAUGGAACCGAAUAAUGGAGGCGGGCGUUCGGUGCUCCGUGCUGGGCUUCAGGGAGCUCUGCUGCCUCUCCAUAUCUUGCCGCCGCCUCCGCCGCUUGUCCGGCGACAGAGCCCUCUGGUCCGCCCUUCUCGCCGUCGAUUUUCACCAAGACGGCGGCGGGCCAUCUUGCCCCUCUUCUUCCGACGGCUCUUCUUCCACCGAUUCCAAGUCCCUCUACAGGGCCAAGUACAGAUCUUCGCCCCAUCUUCUUCCACCCUUCUUUGGCCCCCCGCCGGCCUCUCAUGGGGAUCUCCUCUGGAGAUGACGACAGGUUCGAGAGGCACAGAGCGAGGAAGCUCGCCGCGUGGAGAUUGGCGGUGCUGAAGGAAGAGAGCCAGAUCGGUGAGCACUCUAGAAGGCUCGAGGAGCUCCGGUCCCUGAUUGGCAAGGAGCAGGAGAAGCUGAAGACGGCGAGUGCAGAGUUGAGGAACCUGGACAGAGUCAGGUGCGCUGCGUUCUCUGGGUUUUUCCCUCCACUGAUCCAGAGAGAGAUAGUCGAACUCUUUGACUUUUUAUCAGGCGAGCAUCUGUGGUCAUCCAUGUGUGGCAGCCUGAAGUCGUCCGCAGCAGCCAGAGGCAGCUCGUCGAGCAGUGCACUGUCCCUGUUGACUCCCGCGCGAGUGGGCUGGAGAUGGAGCUCAAACUCUGCAGGCAACAGAUUGCGAUAUACAGUAAAGCUUUUGUAAGUCUCUUUCGGCUCAUCACCUUCGCUCGAGCUUGAGGGAGACACCUGAGAGAGUCUCCCAUGUUUCUUUCACAGAAUAGCCAUAAAAGAAAGCUUGAUGAGAGGAAGGAGGUGCUGGCAUCUCUGAAGUACCACCCUGUCGACAGUUAUGAACCGGGUGGCCAGUCAAACGGAGGGACUAAAAGGAUGAGGAAACAGAAGUGA